GGUUCGACAGUUGCGCUCGGUUCGGUUUGCUGUGCGUAGUUGGAGUGAAUUAUUUUUGUUUUCAUCUUUACUGGUUGUAUCAUAUGUUAAUUUUGAUACAGAGUGGACUUGAUAAAUGUAAAUUAGUGGCCUGGUGACGAAAUAAAGUGUUCGCAUGGAUUGAGUGAUCAACUAUGUUACCUCCACGGCCGGUCUCACUCAAGAACACCGCGACCGGACCGAUAUUAUGGCUUUCCAACAGAGACGCGACGUGAGAGAACUCACACGAGAGAUCAUUCGAGACGCCCGCGUAGCGAACAGGCAGCAGUCAACAUCCCCAGGAGCACGCAACCGUUUCCCAUCAACAUCAUCGACGGACGACAAUGAGAGCGGCACGGACGGCGAGGCGGACAGGUCGCGGCGCGCGAGCCUGGUCCACGGCAUGCCGCCCUCGCAGCCGCCAGGACACAUCGUCACCAUCCGCAAGCGGCGCGGCAACCUGCCCAAACACUCGGUCAAGAUACUCAAACGGUGGCUGUACGAUCAUAGGUACAACGCGUACCCGAGCGACGCCGAGAAGGUUACACUCAGUCAGGAAGCGAAUUUGACUGUCUUGCAGGUAUGCAACUGGUUCAUAAACGCGCGCCGGCGCAUCCUGCCGGAGAUGAUCCGCCGCGAGGGUCACGACCCGCUGCACUACACGAUCUCGCGCCGCGGCCGCAAGCAGCCCGGCGGCGCCUCCUCCAGCGCUUCCAACUCGGGCGUCGUCGUUGCUUCCUGGGACGGCGUUGAGAACGACGCGGAGCGCAGCACCGAGCAAGAGUACACCGACGGGCUGCUGGUGUACCGCAGCGACGGGGACGACAUCGGCGACGGCGAGGAGGGCUACUCCUCGAGCGCCGUCAGCGAGGAGGAGGUCAAGUACGACCCCUCCGUGUGGCAGUCCGUCAUCAGGUACGGACCAGAGGAUAAGGAGGUCCACCCCGCCGCACGAGGUUGUGCGGGCGACAGGACGGCGGCCGUGGUGACGGUGCGCACCGCCGACGGCGAGGAGGUGCAGGCCGAGGUGGAGCCGGCCGACGGCGCGGCGGGCGGCGGCGCGGGCGGCUGGCACCCGCAGCUCGCGCACCUGCCGCAGCUGCCGCAUCCGCUGCGGCGCCGGCUGCAGGUGGUGCCGAGCGGCGGCGCGGAGGGCGAGCGCGACAAGUUCAAGUGCCUGUACCUGCUGGUGGAGACCGCCGUCGCCGUGCGCCAGCGCGAGAAGGAGGCCGAGGAGGUGCCCGUCUAGUGCCCCGGACUGGGGCCCGCAAGACACCGGCUGUGGUGAUUGACAAGCGACGUCCAUGUACGUCACAUCUAAUGUAUGUUCCUGUAAUUAAACGUUUUCGUUACCGCGACGGACGCAGUGCAAAACCGACGGCCUCACAUAUCCCUAGCGUUUAACUGUUGGUUUCAAUAAAGAUUCUUAAUGCCACCUGGGAGUCGCGAUGCAUUUCUAAUAUAUAAAAAAACAAAGUGAUCCUAUAAGGCGGAACCCUUUCGAGGUACAGAACCCUAAAAAUUAUAGGAAUGAUAUCGAAUCGGUAAGUCUAUUGCUAAGAUAUGUUGUUGUGGUCAUCCAUUAAUUACGUCAUACAAAUUUCAUGACUGACCCCAUCCCCCUUCCUUGUCAUACAUGGUCACAUUUGCGGGACCCGCUUGGUGUGUCGUCACUUGUUUUGCAUUCUAACGCAUACCUUAUAUGUAUAGUCAGAUAGAAUAUAUUUUUAAGAUUUUUGUUUACAAUUAAAGUUCUGUGUUCUAAUCAUCGAUUUAGAUGUACUAGGUACUAGAUCUAGCGUUCCGAAUGCUCACUCUGUUCGACUGAACAGUACUGCAAUCCAUACACCUGACUUUUGUAUUUCAACAUUGACAGCGUGCAGUUGUGUACGAAGCGCUCAUAAUGUAAGAACUCGAGUCUAAGUGCAAACCUGGAUGUGAAUAAAAAGUUUUAAUCAAGUGCGUAAAAUUAUUGUUUUUUAAGUGCAUAAAUAAGUUAUAAUAUUAUAACAGAAAAAUAAUUUAGAAAAAUGAUUUUAUUUUUAAAUGUAACUCCAUUGAUUUAUACUCCAUUUAAAUCGCUUUAGCACUGCAUAAAUAAAUAAAAUAAAAUAAAAUACUUUAUUUAUCACGUAGGCGAACAAAGUUGCACUUAUGAUACGUCAAAACAAAGAAUAAGAAUAAUUAUUAUUUCUAAACAACUAUUAAAAUCACUUAUAUAACUAUGGAGAUUUUAAAUUAGGGAUAAAGUUUAUACAAAAGACUAGGUACAAACCGAAGUAACCA